UGCACUGUGGACGUAGUCAGCACACAGUCCUCCGCUCUGUGAGCUGCAGAUGUUUGUGGUGCUGUAGUUUGUUUACCUCUGAUCACAUUACUCUUACAAACGCAAUGAUGGAAGGAAAUGUUUGCAGCAUCCAGGUUCUCCUUUGGGCAGCCGAGUUUGUGGAGAGAAAAGGCCGAGAGGCCGAACAUGGAUAUGCUUCCCCCCCGCCUCUCAGUCCGGGUAACUCUGAGGAAGGAAGCAAACUGAAAAGUAGGAAGAUUUCCGCUGCUGGUGGCAAAAGGACAGUUCACAAUGAGCUGGAGAAAAACAGGCGAGCUCAGCUGAGGCACUGCUUGGAGGAGCUGAAGAAGCAUGUUCCAGUCUCUUCAGACUCCAUGAGGAACACCACCCUGAACCUGCUGAGACAAGCUCAGCUUCACAUAAAGAAGCUGCAGGAGCAGGACGAGCGUGCGGAGCAACUGAAGGACCGCCUUCGCUGGGAGCAGAGGGAGCUGCGUGUUCGGCUGGAGCAGCUGCAGAGGGGAACAGAGAGGAUGAGGAACAAUAGCCAGGGGUCCACCAUGUCCUCGGAGAGGUCAGACUCAGACAGAGGAAUUGAACCUUUGAAAUGCAGAAAAGAUGAGUUGUUUUAACUGAUCGCAUCACACAGCCCAAGUUUUUAUCCCUUUCACCUUGAUUGUGAUAUCUAUUGUCCUCUAUUAAUGGGUUUGACCUUUGUUGUUGUCUUCAUUACAGAAGACGUGGAGGUGGACGUGGAAAGCAUCAUGUUUGACUGCGUGGACUCUGACGGGCUGAGUAUUGCACACAUGGACGCAGACCACAGUUACUCCAGCUUGGACAGGUCCUGGCUAUGACCUCCGUGACACAGGGUCUGCAAGAGGGAGAGGAAGAAGAAAACAUUCCAAAAACAAAACAGGAUGAGGGAGAAAGAGGUUACUGUACACAACCGAACACUUGUUUUUUACAGGAAAGCUUUUUUCUGUCUUGUUUUAAAGCAACAGGCUAAUAAUACAUCCAUUUGCACUAAAUUGGGACGGAUGUUACAUCACGCAUAAGCAGUCCUCCGAUCAAGCAAUUAUGUUGUUUUUUUUUUGGUUUUUUUUUAUACUGAAAGCCAUGAGGUGUUAACCUGCCUAUGAUUCAGGAGCUCAGUUUUAAUCAGAAAUAAGGACUUUAAUACAAAUUUCCUUCAUGUCUGUGUUGAAUUCUGCCUUAAACCAGAUUUAGACUAACGUUCUACACAGCUUCUCCUUAGCACUAAGUUUAUAUUGCAGCAUGUCGCAUUUAGCGUGCACUUAAACAUAUUUUCUGUUAUUUGUUUUAUUUUUGUCCUCCAAUGUAAGUUCAUGUAUUUAUAGCUCUUUUUCUUCUGUUGCACAUAACGUCCACCCGUUGCACUUGUUUUGUCACAGAAAGUUUCGAGGUACGGCCAAAGAGAGGGAACAAAACCAGCAGCUAGGAAAUGGGGAGAAAAAAAACAAAAAAAAAACAACCUGUCAGAUUUGCACAUUGAGGUUUCGUACCGGCACACAUUUGCAUCUCUAUUUAAAACAAAGAGUUUUGACGCAUAAUGUGAUCAGUCGAAUUGUGAGCGCAUUCAAGUUGGCGAAGAGUGCUGGCCAUCUACAGGGUUCACUUGGGCGUUUUAAAUACAACAAAUUCACCAGUCAGAGCAGGCAACAUCUACUUGCAGUGAUUAUGCAAUUAAUGUUGAUUACAAGUAUGUAACGCAGAUUUAGUAACUGAAGGUGCUUUCUUCUUCAAUUUUGUAUAUGCAAGAGGCCUUAUUACUUGUAGUUUGUCUCUCCACCCAGUAAUAUUGUGUAGCAUUUUUGUACUGGUGUAAGCUUUCUUUUUUUUUUUAACAAAUAAAUAUUUUCUAUAUUUA